CUAUAUUUGCUUGCUUCUCUCUCUCUCUCUCUCUCUAUUUGCUCUCUCUCUCUCUCUCUCCAUUUCUAAGCUCAAAAUCAAGGGCGCAACCAAAAGCGCGCCACCCACCGCCAAAAAAAAAACCAAUCUUUUUUUGUUUUGUUUUGUUUUUUUUUCAUUUUUUAUUACCCUCUUUCCGUUUUGGGUUCGGACAGUACGACGUCGUAAUAGCAGUAGUAGUAGAGUGUCGUCAUGGGUUGUACGGCGUCGAAGCUGGACAACGAGGACACGGUGAGGCGGUGCAAGGAGCGGCGGCGGUUUAUGAAGGAGGCCGUCCAGGCCCGCCACCACCUCGCCGCCGCGCACGCCGACUACUGCCGCUCCCUCCGCCUCACCGGCGCCGCCCUCUCCUCCUUCUCCUCCUUUGAACCCCUCUCCGUCUCCGACCAAACCCCCGCCGUUUUCCUCCACCCCCAACAAAAGCAACAACCACCUCCGCCUCCCUCCUCCAAUCCCUUCCCGCCACGUGUCCCUCCUUCUCCUUCCCCUUCUCUCCACCCUCCGCCGCCGCCGCCGCCGUUUUCUCCCUCUCCGGCUCCUUCUCCCACCAUCGCCGGCUCCAAGCUGCCUCAUAUUCUCUCAGCCUCCUCGAUGUCAUCGUCGGCGCCGCCUUCUAGAACCAACAGCAACCUCCAUAAUCGCCGCCGUAAGCAGCCGAGCCACCCGAAGCUUCCUCACAUUCUGUCGGAGUCGAGCCCUUCGUCUUCGCCGCGUAGUCAGAGGUCAAAUUUCACCGCCACCGGCGGCGGAGUAUAUGAAGGAGGAUUUACGCCGACGGCUUACCAGGCGAACACGACCUACUCCAGCACGCCUUCCCAGGCGUCUUCCGUCUGGAACUGGGAGAACUUCUACCCUCCCUCCCCUCCCGACUCCGAAUUCUUCAACAACCGCGCCGCCGCCGCCGCUAAAGAGAUGCGAUCUUCCAAUCACGGCGGUGGCGAUAUCAAUUCCGAUGAGGAAGAAGGAACCGAGACGGAGACGGAGAGAUCCGAGUACGAUUUCUUCAACGCCAAGGCCGGGCAAGAUCACCACCUUCGCCACGAGAAGAAUUCGAAUCACCACGACUUCGCCUCUGAGACGAUGGAGAGAGAGGAGGUGCAAUGCAGCGAGUGGGGCGAUCACUACAGCACCACCAGCUCCUCCGCCGACGAAGACGAUCGGGAUUCGAGAUCCGAUCUCGGCGCCCGCUCCAAUUUCGGAUCCUCCGCUCGGGCAGAGUCGGUUGCGGCGCCGCCUCCACCGGCGGCGGCGGCGGCGGCUACCAAGUCGGAAGAGUAUUCAUCGAGCUACGGGGAGAUCUCGGACAUGAAAAUGGUGGUGAGGCACAAGGAUCUGAAGGAGAUCGUGGAAGCCAUUAAGGAGAAUUUCGAGAAAGCCGCGGCGGCCGGCGAUCAGGUCUCCGAGAUGCUCGAGAUCGGAAGGGCUCAGCUCGAUCGGAGCUUCAAACAGCUCAAAAAGACAGUGUAUCACUCAAGCAGUGUACUAAGCACACUAAGCUCGAGCUGGACGUCGAAACCGCCGUUGGUGGUUAAGUACCGGCUCGACGCCGGUUCGCUCGAUAAACCUGGCGGUCCAAAGAGCCUUUGCUCCACUUUGGACCGCCUCUUGGCUUGGGAAAAGAAGCUUUACCAAGAAGUCAAGGCGAGAGAAGGCGUCAAGAUUGAGCAUGAAAAGAAGUUAUCAGCCCUGCAGAGUCAAGAGUACAAAGGGGAGGAUGACACUAAGCUAGACAAAACCAAAGCUUCAAUAUCGAGGCUGCAGUCACUGAUUAUUGUCACAUCUCAGGCCGUUUCUACAACCUCAACUGCCAUCAUUGGUCUUAGAGACUCCGAUAUGGUACCUCAGCUCAUUGAUCUCUGUCACGGGUUUAUGUACAUGUGGAGAUCGAUGCACCAGUACCAUGAAAUUCAAAACAACAUUGUCCAACAAGUUCGUGGCCUCGUGAACCAAUCAACAAAGGGUGAAUCGACUUCUGAGCUGCACCGGCAGGCAACCCGUGACCUUGAAUCAGCUGUCUCUGCCUGGCACUCCAGUUUUUGUCGCUUAAUAAAGUUCCAACGGGAUUUCGUUAGAUCCCUUCAUGGUUGGUUCAAGCUCACUCUUCUUCCUGUUGACAAUGACAACGUCAACAUGAACAGCAACAGGGAACGCUCUGACGUAUAUGCCUUCUGUGAUGAGUGGAAGCUUGCACUUGAGCGUGUUCCAGACACUGUGGCGUCUGAGGCCAUCAAGAGCUUUAUCAACGUUGUCCACGUUAUAUCCUUUAAACAGAGUGAAGAGCUCAAGGUAAAGAAACGCACCGAGUCUGCAUCCAAGGAGCUUGAGAAGAAGGCAUCGUCUAUCCGAACCCUAGAGAGAAAGUUCUACCAAUCGUACUCCAUGGUCGGUAUUGGACUGCCUGAUGCAGGGCCUGAUAAUGGGCAGGUAUUGGAUGCUCGAGACCCGCUUGCUGAGAAAAAAACCGAACUUGCAGCCUGUCAGAGGCGGGUUGAAGACGAGAUGAUGAGGCACGCUAAGGCAGUGGAGGUGACGAGAGCUAUGACACUAAACAAUCUUCAAACGGGCUUGCCAGGAGUUUUUCAGGCACUGACCAGUUUUUCUUCCCUAUUUACGGAGGCACUUGAAUCGGUUUGUACUCGAUCCUAUGCAAUAAAAUAGGUAAAGAUAUAUAAUUUUCUUUCCCACUUCUAUUUUUGGAGUAAGUUGGUAUCUAUAAGAGCUGGGAUUUUUUUAGGGGGGUCAAUAGGCUCUUUUUUUGUGAUUAUUGCUUUCCGAGGGUUUCUUUUUUAUUUUUUUGGUCAACAUGUAAAUGUCUGGAAUUUUGUGAUUUUGCAGUCCAUUUUGGUUGAAGAAAAGAAAUCUGUGUACAGGGAAAUUGCUUACAUUAUUAUUGUAUGUGACUUGCGCUCUUUACUGCAGAUGAAUAAAUAACAUGCUCUGCCCUUCAUCUCCA